AUGGAGGACCGAAUUCAGUUCGAUAUAAAUGAGUCGCUCAAGUAUUACUUGAGUGAUCCCACUUCUGUUUCUACCCCCGAUGCGGAUCCGGAAUUGCUGGACUGCGAAUCCGACCCGGAGCAACUAUCGCCAGCGCUGAUUGACAAUGUCUUGAACCCGAUCGUGGAUGCCGUCGCGGAGAACCCCGAAGGAUUAACCAGAGCGUCCAUCUUUGACUCUCUACAAUUUCUAUUAAAGUGCGCCCCGGUCCCUUCCCAACUUGCCCAUGGUGGAUGGCGCCCCUCUGGAGUCGACUCUGACGAACCUUCUUACUCACGCAGAUAUUCAACCUGUCUUCCCGCAAAGUCACUCAGCAAACUAUUAGAUUUGGUGGUUUCCGGCUUGUCCAUCGAGGCCGACAUUAUCCAUGGAGAUCUUGAAUCCGACGAACAAGAUGCCAUCCAACACCACAAGCAGCUGCUGGAGAUGUACGGAUUCCUCCUCCAGUGGGCCCUGUCGGCUGUGGAGGUCAAGGCAGCGGAAAAGCCUACCGAAGCAGCGCCUGUGAGACGGGGAGGCCCCAAAUCCAAGAAAUCCGCCAACAGCGGCCAGUGGGAUUGGACACCGCAGAUUCAAAUUUCCAUGGAGACCAUGUGCAAAGUGAUGAAGCUCAAACUUGGACGCAUAUUCUUGACCACCUCGGAUCGCGAUACCUUCAUCAGUCUGUUUACCCGAACCAUUUAUCUAGUUCUCGAGAGCGAGCAGCGAGUGAAGAGCAUGACUAUCCGUAUGCAUGCAUUCAAAGUUCUGUGCAUCGCGGUCAAGCAUCACGGGCAGGCAUUCGGAGCGCAAACCUCGAUUGUUCAGAGCUUGACCUAUUUUGAGCAUCUUUCCGAGCCCAUGGCCGAAUUCCUUCACAUUCUUGCAGAGCAAUACGACUACCCACAGCUUUCCGACGAAAUCUUAAAGGAACUUGGAAACAAAGAAUUCAACUCUAACGACACCAGAGGACCGAAGUCUGUAUCAUCGUUCAUUAUCAAACUCUCUGAGCUUGCUCCCAGGUUGAUUAUCAAGCAAAUGACUCUGCUGGCAAAGCAGCUUGACAGCGAGGCAUACACAUUGCGGUGCGCGGUGAUCGAGGUCUGCGGAAACCUGAUCUCCGACCUCAGCCGACAGGAGGAACGUAGCGAAAACUACAAGACUCAAAUCAAUGCCUUCUUCGACGUUUUGGAGGAACGGUUCCUCGAUAUCAACCCGUACUGCCGUUGCCGUGCCAUCCAGGUCUUUAUGCGAAUUUGUGACUUAGAGCAAAAGUUCCCCAAAAGGCGACAGGCGGCAGCCGAGCUGGCUGCCAGGAGUCUGGAGGACAAGAGCAGCAAUGUGCGACGCAAUGCAAUCAAGCUUCUCUCUAAGCUUGUAUCUACGCAUCCAUUCAGUGUCAUGCAUGGCGGACUUCUAUCAUACAAGGAAUGGACGGAGAGACUAGACGGGGUUGACGCUGAACUGAAUGCCCUGCGUCCCCCCGAGACUCCUGGUUUCGAAGCAGGCGACAUGACACAAGUUGAUCCCGAGCUAUUGGAUGAUGCUACACAAUUGCCCGAUGAGUCCCCCUCAAAGGCGCCUCGCAUGAGCGACGAGGAAAAGGCUAUCGCUGUUCAAAAAGCGGCAGAGCAGGCCGCUACAUCCGAAUUGUUGACUAGACUUCAAUUGACGAGGAAGUAUUACAACGAGGCCAUUCGGUUCAUCGAGGUACUCCACUCCGCCUCCACCAUCGUCACGCAGCUUCUCUCCUCUCGAAACAAGAGCGAAGUCAUCGAAGCCAUGGACUUCUUUGUGAUGAUGGAUGCCUACAAAAUCGAAACUGCACGCAGUGGGAUUCGUCGCAUGCUGCGGCUGAUUUGGACCAAGGGAAACAGCGACGAAGGAAAGGGUGUCCAGUCGCACUUGAUUGACUGCUACAAGGGCCUCUUCUUUGACGCACCCGGAUCCUUCACCCCCAACGAUGCUGCGAACUACAUUGCCCGUAACAUGAUCAGUUUGACCUUUGGCGCAACUCCCGCAGAGCUCACAUGUCUUGAGCAAUUGUUGAGCACCAUGAUGAAGGCUGGCAACGUCUCCGAAGCAGUCAUCGCUAAGCUCUGGCAAGUUUACAGCAUUCAAAAGAAGGAGAUCUCACGGACCCAGCGCAGGGGCUCGAUCAUCGUCCUUGGCAUGCUUUCAUUGGCAGAUCCAGAGGUGGUGGUCAAGGAGAUCGAGGCCAUGCUGCGAAUCGGUCUGGGUGGAUAUGGCAGGUCUGAUCUGGUACUUGCCAAGUACACAUGUAUCGCUUUACGGCGCAUGAUCCCGGGCCGGCAGGCCAAGUCAAAGGAGGUCGUCGGUAUUCCCAAACUCGCCAGUGAUCACUCAGUCCUGGUCCGCUUGGCCGCGAUCCUUGAGAUUGAGACCACCAGCAAGGAGUGGUACGGAGUGGCAGAGCAUGCUCUCAACGCUAUAUACGCUCUUUCCAAGCACCCCGAUGUUCUAUGCUCCGAUAUUCUGCGGCGAAAGACCAUCUUUGUGUUCCAGCCUCAUCUUCAACAACGCCCACCUUCUUCCCACGCCUCUGUUGGAGGUGACGGGGAAGAUGAGGAAAUGGCGGACGAUGAGCGCCCUGCCACUGCAUCAUCCGAGACCCAGGAGCCAAAGCCCAAGCCAGCCUCCGCUGCCCUGUCACAACUGUUGUAUGUCGUAGGUCACAUUGCCAUUAAACAGAUUGUGCAUUUGGAGUUGGUUGAGCUGGACUUCAAGCGCCGCAAGGUUGAGCAGGAGAAGACUAAAGCGGCCGCUGAGCCGCAAAAGAAAGAGAAUGCAGAUGAAGACGAACUCGACCUCAUUGGCGGAACGACUGAAGAUGAUUUCCAAGAUGCCAUGGCUCACAUCCGAGAACGCGAGCUGCUCUUCGGGGAACAAUCCCUUUUGGCCAAGUUUGGUCCGCUUGUGAUCGAAAUUUUGGCUAAUAACAACUCCUAUCCCGACCGAGAUCUCCAAGCCUCAGCGACCUUGUGCAUUGCCAAGCUGAUGUGCGUGUCUGCCGAGUACUGUGAGAAAAACCUGCCGCUCCUUAUCACCAUCAUGGAGCGGUCCGAGGAUCCUAUCGUCCGAAGCAAUGCCGUCAUUGCUCUGGGUGAUAUGGCUGUGUGCUUCAACCAUCUCAUUGACGAGAAUACCGAUUUCCUUUACCGUCGUUUGAACGAUGAGGAUGCUUCCGUCAAGCGUACCUGCUUGAUGACCCUGACCUUCCUCAUUCUCGCUGGUCAGGUUAAGGUCAAGGGACAGCUUGGAGAGAUGGCCAAAUGCUUGGAGGACGAGGACAAGAAGAUCGCCGAUCUGGCUCGCAUGUUCUUCACGGAAUUGGCGACCAAGGAUAAUGCCGUGUACAAUCACUUCGUUGACAUGUUCAGUCUGCUGAGUGCAGAGCGCAACCUGGAUGAACAAGCUCUCCGUCGUAUUGUCAAGUUCUUGAUUGGCUUCGUUGAAAAGGAAAAACACGCUCGCCAGCUCGCCGAUAAGCUCGCCGCUCGACUGCCUCGCUGCGAGACAGAACGGCAAUGGAACGAUGUUGCAUAUGCCCUGUCGCUUCUGCCGCAUAAGAACGAGGAGAUUGCCAAGACUGUCAGCACUGGCUUCAAGGUCGUCAGUGCCUCAGCUUAA